CUGGUAGUAAGUCUUCCCAGUAGACAGUAGAGACAGUUACUCUAACAAAAGCAGGAUAAACUGUCUAAUACUCUACAUUUUAAAAGAAACGAAUGUAUGAGCCGGUUCCCCAGUACUUAUAGUGUAUUUCUGAUGGCACACUUUCUAAUGAGAGCAGCGUCAUCAGUAGCAGAUGGCAUGAGGGGGCAGAUAUUUACCUUGGGUUAUUUACCUGUUACCAAAGAAUGUAGGGGUGGGAAGAAAGGUGGGGACACUCCUAUUAAUCUUCCCUUCCUCACAGAGACGGGGCUGCAGGAGGAGCAUCUAUGCAGAGAUGGCAAGCAACCACACACUGGCGGACACUGUGUCCUGCAGUAUGACGGCUCCUGGUCAGGGUGUCAUGCGCUUUGUCCAGUUCUUUCUGAUGCCGGGCUUUUUCUUAGGAGUGCUGAUUUUGGGCGUGCCUCUUAAUGUCUUCUCUCUGUGGGUGUUCUCCCGCCGCCUGAGCCGAAGUAACCGUACCAUCCUCUUCCUGCACAACCUGGCCAUGGCUGACACCUUCUGGCUGCUGGCCUUGCCAUUCCUCAUCCAGUACCAUUUGGUAGGGAUGCAGUGGUCUCUGGGCCUGCCUUUUUGCAAGGUCAUCCGUCUCCUCUACCACAACUACUUCUACCUCAGUAUAUUCUUUGUGACAUGCCUGAGUGUUGACCGGUACCUGGCUAUCGUCCAUCCCCUUCGUUCACCUGUUCUCCUCACUCGUCGACGUGCCGUCAUUUUAUGCAUCAGUGUUUGGCUGUUGGCCUUAGCUCUGAGCAUUCCAGUGGGCCAACUGACCUACACCUCUCACUGUGAACACAACAACAGGACAGUCUGCAUCAUCUACGUCUUCAUGGAUGAGUUUAAUGCCAGCCUGUUGUAUUCCCUGAGCUGUUCAUGCCUGGGGUUCUUUUUCCCCUUCAUUGCGCUCAGCUACUGCUACAUCCACAGCGUGUGCCACUUGCGCAGGAGGGCCGACCCCCGCCUCAGAGGCCUGGCCUGGGAACUAGGCGUAGCCAUGGUCAUCUUCGGACUCUUCUACCUGCCCUAUCACCUAAGCAGGAAUGCAGCCAUUAUCAUGACAGCUCUGGUUCCCCAGGACUCCUCAGCGAAGGAGGCGGCCUACCUGGCCUUCUCUCUGGAGAUGUGUGUGUGCAGCCUGUCCUCCUGCACCAACCCUCUGUUCAGCUGCUUUGCAGGAAGGCCCGUUCGCAGGGAGCUGAGGUCCACUCUCAUGAGGCUGUGGAAAAAACGCAGAGUGGAGCCUCAAACGAAGCAGAAGAAAGAGGAGAGGAACACGAGUGAAGUAAGCACUGUGACAGCCAGCAAGGCAGAGACUGGUGCUAAGAUCAAACCCUGGAGCAGCACAGUGACUGUGAAACUGGUUCACUCGAGGGGUCUGGUGUCGACUCUGACAGCUGAGGCACAGAGCAGAUGAUUCAGAUGCUUCCAAAGAGCCUUAGUGAUGAGACUAGACCAGUCUUAUAGCUGUGUGAUGGUCUGUCUCCCAGUAUUAGACACUGUUGGAAAGUUUGCAGUAUGGACAUUUAAUAUACAAGUUCUUGUGGAUCAGUCCUUUUGCUCUGUUUGUAAUCUUUGUCCUUUGUGAAAUCACUCUUUAAUUAAAAUUUUUCUUUUAUACA